AUUUUCAAUGCCAGCAAUUUAAUCCAGUUCUGUUUUUUUAAUUAUAUAAACUCAAAAAGACAUAAAAACUUUGCAAUGGAAGCAGAUUAGUCAAAAUUGAUAGGAAACGGAACUUAAUAUUUAUCAAUGCCAAGACAAUAGUCUGUGAUCAACAAACUUCUAGAAGUGUCCUACAUUUUUCAUUUAAUUUUCUCUCUUGACUCAAAACUUGAAAGUCUUGAGAGAUGUCGAAAUUCUUGUUGAAACUGCAAACAGUGAGACAUGAGACUCGGAAAGUGCAUCAACAUCUUUGUAUCAUUUAUAGUUUAUAGUGAGACCCAAACCAACCUUUUGAUCCCACAUUUUUGUAAACUUUUUAUUUGGGGGUCGUCCAAUUAUUACGUCCAAAAUUAACUGACAU